AUGGAGAAUUUGACGACAAAAUCAGGUGGUGGUGGUGGUAGUGGUGGUACGACAAGGUUCCUAGUGAAAACUUACCAGAUGGUUGAAGAUUCAUAUAUUGAUAAUAUAGUAUCACGCAGUCAAAGCAACAAUUGUUUCAUGAUUAAGGAUCCUGAUGACUGUGUUAGCAAUCUUAGCAAGUAUUUCAGACACAACAAUUUCUCCAGCUUUGUCCGUCUGCUCAAUACAUAUGGAUUUCACAAAAUAAACAUGAUCAAUGGGAGUUUUCUAAUGAGUACUUUUUGA